AUGGACAACCGAGACGACUUUACUUUUGCGAAGCUCUCUGAUUUCAAGUUUCCUGUCACUUCGGAUUUAGGGGGAUCAAUACAACAAUCGUUGGUUUCAGUUCUACUGGAGAACCCUGAACUAAGAUUUUACGGUGCUCAAUUUUUGUAUUACCUCUGUCUCCUGCUAGCUCCUGCCGGGAUAACAAGCCACCCCUUUCAUACUUCUUCCAAAGCUCUCAAGAACAACUACACGUACACUCCACCUUAUAUCACCGUUAUCAACUCCAACUAUCUACACAGAUGGAACGAAUGGAUAACGCUGCCCAUUCGGUAUUGUGACCCCCCACUGAGUUCACAAACUAUGUUUACUGUAUGGGAUAUCGAGGCUCCACGCGUAGCGGUGCCCGUCGGUGGCUCAACGUUUAGGAUGUUUGGAAAGAAAUGGUUUGAAAACAUCGCUUGUUGCUCUGGGCAGGUUAAGAAGCAGACCAUCGACGACUCCAUGCAGACCAGCACACCAAGUAAACCUGGCAGCGGGGAUGAAACGGGUUGUUUAGAGAAGCUCAUGAAGAAUUAA